UAUUGACGAUAACAAAGACAAUUUUUGCUUUUCAUUUCCAGUUCGUUAUUAAAAAAGUGUUAAUUUUCAAUUAAUUCCGUCCUGUUCUUGUAUUUAUGUUAAUACAUUUUUUUAUUCAUCGCUUCAAUUAAGGAAAAGUCAAUUGAAUCCAAUUUGAGGAAUUGAAAAAAAAUUGCGCUCCCUGGUUGAGACACAAUUUGAAUCUGAUAAUCUGAAAUCUCAAAAAUGUCCAUAAAACUCCUGAAAGAUUUCAAACCAGGUCCUCUAGACUUCUACAGAAAAAGAGCUAGUUUUGAUUGGAAAAAGUUGAAAGUUCUUUUGGAUUCUGAGGAGCUAGUAGACUUUCAAGAUGAAAUUGUUAAAGAAUUGGAGAAAUAUCCAGAUUAUCAAAUGAAUUUUUAUCCCAAAGGAUUAGAUGAAAAAAGAAGAAUUAGUAACAGGCAAGCCAAUAUACUAUCCAAUAUUGAAUCCUUCAGCUUAACAAAUUUAGUGGGCAAUUUGAAGAAAAUGCCCAUGGCAAAUAGAUUGAUUUUACAAAUAAAUCCUGAUGCUUACAUAAAAAAUUCUGUUUCAAUGCUUCUAUUUACUAAUGCUAUACAAACUAUGGGAACAGAAAGACACUCCAAAUAUAUUGCAGAUAGUCAAAACCAAAAGGUCCAUGGCUGUUUCUGCUUGACUGAAAUAGGCCAUGGUACCAAUACAAAAGGAAUGAGAACAACAGCCACAUAUGAUGAAAGCACUAAAGAAUUUGUAUUGCACAGUCCAGAUUUUGAAGCUGCAAAAUGUUGGGCUGCUGGCCUUGGUCAAACUGCUUCAGUUGGAUGUGUUUUUGCACAGUUGAUUGUUAAAGGGGAAAAAAAGGGUUUACAUUGCUUCGUGGUACCAUUAAGAGAUGAGCAUACGCUGAUUCCAUAUCCUGGAAUAAUAAUAGGAGAUAUGGGGGAGAAAAUUGGUCUGAAUGGAUUAGACAAUGGUUUUGUCAUGUUUAAAAACUAUCGCAUACCGAGGGAAAACCUCCUGAAUCGUACUGGAGAUGUCACUGAAUCUGGAGACUAUGUUACCCCUUUUAAAGAUCCAAAAAAACGGCAUGGGGCUUCUUUAGGUAACCUGUCUGGUGGACGAGUUAACAUCACUAAUAUGGCUGGUGCUUAUGGUAUAAAAGCUCUAACUAUUGCCAUACGAUAUGCUGCUGUUCGGAAGCAGUUCGGGCCAGAUGAUAAAGAAGAAAUACCUAUUUUAGAGUAUCAAACACAUCAACAUCGUCUCCUGCCCCAUCUGGCGGCUGUAUACGUAACCAGAAUUUUCUGCGACUAUUUCCAACCUGCUUUUAUAGAAUUUGUGAUGGAAUCGAUUAUAAAUCCUAAAAGUGAAAGUUUACCAGAUAGGGGUGUGGAAAUCCAUGCUAUUUCGUCUGGUUGUAAACCCUUAGCUGGCUGGGCAAUGAGGGAUGCUAUUCAAGAAUGUAGGGAGGCGUGUGGUGGUCAUGGAUAUCUUAAAGCCGCUGGGUUGGGCGAAUUACUAAGUUCCAAUGACGCUAAUUGCACAUAUGAGGGGGAAAACCAUGUCCUCAUCCAGCAAACUGCCAACUGGCUUCUUAAGUCCUGGCCAUUGAUUUUAUCAGGCUCCAAUAUAUCUUCUCCCCUCAAUUCUAUCGACUUUCUAACCAAUGCCAAAGGAAUAUUGAAUACCGAAUGGACCGCAGACAGUGUUGAAAAAUUAUGUUCACCUGAGGUUUUGAUUCACACCUAUCGAUGGUUAGUUUGUUAUUUACUCAAGGAAACGUAUGAAAAAUUGAAGCAGUAUGGCCAAAAUGAUAUCGAUCUUUUCUGGGCGAAAAACAACAACCAAGUGUUCCUAGCCAGGGAUUUAGCUGUAGCGUUUACUCAGCAUUUAUUCCUUGAACGAAUGUUGAUUUUCAUCAACGAAGCCAAUGACGAAAAUAUCAAAAAAGUUCUGUCUCGAUUAUUAGCCCUCUACGCAAUAACCUCACUGAACAAGCAUCACUUGGCUACCCUAUACAGGGGCAGAUUCGCGAAUGGUUCAGUACCAGCACAGUUGAUUCAGGAUGCUACACUUAAAUUGUGUGCCGAACUGAAAGACGACGCUGUUGCUCUUAUCGAUUCAAUUGCUCCACACGAUUUUGCAAUGAACUCCGUCUUGGGAGCCUCAGAUGGUCAAGUUUAUCAAAGACUUGAAUCCUCAAUGUUGCAAUCUGCCUAUGGAAUGAGCCGACCAUCAUGGUGGAAAGAAGUGGCGAAUAUGGAAUCGUAUGUUCCUAAAUCUAAACUUUGAUGUAAACAUAUAGUAUAUACUUGUAUAAUCUUGUUUUAAUGGUGCUGUUGGAAAAUGUUUUUAUAUAUAAACAUGUUGAAAUAAAUGUUAAGAAUAAGAAAAGACUCCCUAAA